UUUGAAAUGCGAGCCAAUACUGGUUGACGUGUUUGUUGUGGUAGUGAUGGACACAGCGAUGGCCUCAAUGGACACAACCCUCGGCCACAACCACCCGAUGGACAACCAAUUCGUGUGUUUUGUGGACAUCUAUGACACCAAAUACAGACUCAUGUUAUCUCACGUCAAGUCAUUGUACGUCUCUUUCUGUCGCCUCUACGAAGAGAUCAUCAAAAUUGACACCAAAAACGACCUCUCGUUUCACUCAAACACCUUUGAGGUGUUGGACACUGAAGAGCAGGGCUUCAAACGGAUCACCAGUUUUGGUCAACUCAUACCAAACGAGUCGCGGAUCAGAGUUCUCCUCAAACCCCAGAUUUUCCACAAUUAUCUUCAAACAAACGCCGCUUUCGAUCGCAUCAACAGUUAUGAGAGCAACGAUUACCGCAACAAAGGUUUGGACCAAUCGGUGGACACGACUCUACCGCCGACGCCCUCCUCAUCGUCGUUGGCCACCGAUCUCUAUAUGAAUAGUUUUAUUGAUAAUAAAAGUAAUUCUUACGCCACGAGUGACAGUCAUUUGAGUGCUGGCGGCCAGUAUUGGACACCAUCGACGGCCGCCGUCAUCGCCGGUCAGCCACUCCCGAGUCCGUCGGUCGGCUGCGCGCCUCCCGACCCGUCGCUCGGUAUCGGUGUUAUCGGCGCCACUCGUGUGUCGGCCCAGUCGUUGCCGACACCGCCGGCGUCGCAGACCUACUGUCCAAAUGUGAUCGAGUACUCGAGUGAUAGGCAAAGCAAUUAUAGUUUAGAUAUUAAUACUAAUUAUAGCACUAAUUGUACUCAAAAUCAGUUGUUAACAAAUGUUAGUACCAGUGAUUUGAGCGCAUCGAUCAACAGUCACCGCUCGGAACCGACCAACGAGUUUGACAUAAAUCUGGUUAAGAAUCUGAUUGAGACACAAAUGCAAUCAUUACAGAAGGAGAAGACACUGCAAGAGUUGCGCGAAGAAGGCGUCGAAAUGAAGCAAAACUUUAAUUUCGAGAUCUAUUUGUGUAAAGUGUGCGACGAGUGCUUCCAGACGCCCGACUCGGCCCUCACGCACACCGCGAGCGCCGGCCAUUUGGCCAACAAGUCGGGCAACUUUACCGACGAUCUCGACAAACAGCUGGUGAUACCCAGCGAGCGGUUGUCUGAGAUCGCGGUUGUGUUGGCGCGGAAGCAGGAGAUGAGGAAAUUGGAUCUGAAGACCAAAUACCAGUACCUGAGACACGGCGUACGCAUCAAAGACGGCGUCGGGAACGACGCGUUCGUGUGUCUGGUGUGCAAAGUGUCGUUUCAGUCGCCAAACCACGUGAGACACCACUUGGAAAAGUUUGAACCCAAUUUUGUCGAAGAGCACGAAGUGGUCUACACUUCCACUACUUUCAAGGGUAUAAUCGCCUCUCAGGACAAACCCUUUGGCCCUCCGCAGAGGCCUUACAAUAGCGGCACCUCUACUACUAAUACGGACGGAACGGCUAAACGGCGCCGAAGUAGGAAACGGAAGAGAACUCGAAGACCCAGAAGUCCACAAAGAAGUCAUCGAGAGAUCGAUCGCAAAGAUAUUGAGAUUAAAACGGAAACCGUUAGACGAGUUACGCAAACGGACCGAAAGGAGGCCGAUAUUGACCGAAAGCCGAGAGAUAUCGACCUCAGAGACAGUCGUGAGAGGAGAGAGAAUAUGGACGCAGAGAUUGAAAGGCGACAGAAGGCGAGACGCGAGAGAAGGGAUCGCGAGAGACAAAGAGAUUCUCAUAGGGAUCGAGACGACCGCGAGUUUACGCUAUAUUAA